UCGUGUAUGAGGUCGACGUGCCGAUCACGUAAUGAGGUCAAAGAGGUUGUCAGAAGAAAGAUAUUACGCCCCGUCAUGGAUCAGCGGAGAAAAAUGAAGAAGGUUGAUCUCCAUGUUCACCUAGAUGGAGCUGUUCGUGCCUCAACAAUAUGGGAUGUGGGAAAGAGAAGAAACAUGAGUCUUCCCGGGAGCAGUGUUGAGGAGCUACAAGAACACCUGACUAUUACUGAUAGGGGUUCUCUGACAGAGUUCCUGGCAGUUUUUGCAAUACACAUGCCUGUGAUAUGUGGGGAUCUAGAGGCCAUAGAACGAGUAGCCUACGAGUUUUGCGAGGACUGCUCCAACGAUAACAUCAUUUACUGCGAAGCCCGUUACUGUCCUCAUCUACUGGCCAACGACAUGGAGAACCCGUUCUACGCUGACACGAAGGGAAAUGUGUCACCUCUGGAGGUUGUUAAGGCUGUUAACAGAGGUUUGAAGAAGGGGUGUGUAGACUUUAACAUCAAGGUGAAGACCAUCCUCUGCUGUAUGAGAGAAAGACCAGAGUGGGCCCAGGAAAUUUUGGACUUGUGCUUAAAGUUCAAGGACCAGGGUGUUGUGGCCAUAGAUUUAGCUGGAGAUGAGAAUUUAGACUUGAAAGAUAUCAAAAGUCACGACGAACAUUUAAGAGUAUUCCAGGAGGCAGAGUGGCUAGGGUUAAGUCGUACUGUCCAUGCUGGGGAAAAUGGACCAGCCGAGAUUGUGAGAGAGGCAGUUUAUGACAUGCAUGCGCAGCGUUUAGGACAUGGUUAUCACGUGCUUGACGACGAAACUCUGUAUAAAGCUGUGCGAGAGAAAGGUGUCCAUUUUGAAGCUUGUCCUGUGUCAAGUCACAUGACUGGAUCUGUAAGCACUGAUUGGACAAAGCACCCCAUCUUAAGAUUUGCUCGAGACGGCGUGAACUUCUCAGUUAAUACCGAUGACCCACUACUGAUUGGAGGAUUCCUUUCAUCAGAGUACGAGACAUGCACGGAGAAGAUUGGACUGAGUCUAGAACAGAUCAGAAAUGCAAACCUGAAUGCAGCUAGAGCCACCUUCUUACCAGAAGAUGAGAAGCAGUCAUUGCUUAAACAACUGCAGGAGGACUACGAAAAAUCUGACUCCAGCCAAGGAGAUUGAAAUUCUGAAAAUGCUAAUUUUAAUGAACUAUAGAACACAAAUUGAAUGCCAGCUAAUUUCCAGUAUUUCAGAAAAAUAUGUACGUAAGAAUCUGACAUUGUUUAUGUAUAUUAAUCAGGGAUAGCUCAGGUAUUUUAAUAUACUCUAUAAAGGUUAUAUACUGUGAUUCAGUAUUAUCAACCCCCCCCCCCCAAAAAAAAAAAAAAAAAAAAAUUAAAAUGGACUAAUUUAUGCCCAGUUAAGGUUUUAGAGAAAGAAGUUUUUGAAUAACUUUACCAUAUGAUUAGUACAUGUUAGGGUUAGCUGGGGAUUACUGGGGUUAAUAUAUGGGACCAAUGUCACAUGGACAUAGUAAUGGGGAACUGACAACGUUUCCUAGCGGACUACCAUUCCUGUUACACCGCAUAGCCUAGUGGUUAAUGUCUGACUUCGAAUCCCGUCUGUGGAUCCGUCAAGUCCGUAGAGAAUUAUUUCUCUCCUGAUCCUCGAUUUAUAUUGACCGCUUAGGAGGUCAAUACGAUGUAGUAUUGAUAGAACGCGACUUUCGACCAACAUCAGUUCUCACGUAACAAAACGAUUUAUAUUUUAUUCUUUUAAGUCAAUAUGCAGUUUUGUAGACCUCAGCGAGGAAAUGACAACUUUUGCUGUGCCCAGGUUUAAACGAAUA